AAACUAUUUUCUCCCUUGUUGCCAUAAUCAUGUCAGACUUCCCUACCCAGGCUUCCGAAAAAUUCAAAGAACUAUCUGAAGAAAUCGCUAAAAAACAAGACAAGCUUUUCAAAGAUUUAGGGGAAUGUUUGAAUCUCACGGCACAGAUUCGUGAUGACCAUCAGGGACUAAUCCUAGAAGCCAUCGGUCGAUGGGGAGAUGACAUGGUAACCCUAAGGGAAGAACUAGUUGAUGCUUACGAGAACUUGGAUGUUGUUCAAGAAGAACUCAGAAAAGCAAAAGGAAAUGCUUUCAUUCUACAGAGUGUGGUUUCAAAAUUUAAAAGAAUUCAUCCAGAGAUCGACGAAACCAAUGGAAAUUAAUUUUCCUAAUGUUGAACUAACCUGGAAUGGUUAGUUCUAGUGGUGUGAAAAAUGUUUUGUGUUGGCCAUUUUAAACUUAUGCUAUGAUAACUUUUUAUUUUCCUAUA